AUGUCGAUUGAUCAGCCAAUAUCUGCGGGAGAUGAUAUAAUACCAUAUCGAAGACCAAGAGGUCGUCGGAAGAGGUUGAAGCAACAAAAAAUACCGAUCAUACAGCGAUCCAUCAAUCUAGCUCUCUCCAUUAUAUGUCUCUUGCCCACGCUCUGUUCAGCUCAGGAUACAGUCUCAUCGACCUCAAUUUCCAGCACGACAAGUACUUCCACAUCAUCAAGCCGGACGACGUCAGGGAUCUCAUCUUCUAUCUCGUCGUCAGCAUCUUCUUCCUCUUCCUCAGCUGCAGCCACCAGAACAUACUCCAUACCCACCUUACCAACCACCGCGACUCUCCCUCCUUUAAACGUUUCCUCACCCCUUCUUCAAAUCGUUUUUCCAUCUACCGACCUCCUAUUCCUCACGUUCUCAAUAUGCACUCUAACAUCCAAUAUCACCCUCCUACCGAGUAUCCUCGUGUCAAAUUCGGAUCCACCCUCUUUCGAUCUUGGCUCUAAAACGACUACAGAUCAGUCAUCCGGAGGGACCAAAUCUGGUGGAUAUAAUAGGAGGAACAAUAAGAAUGGAAAUACAUGGGGUAUAACUCUGGAUAGUGGCUUUGGCAAUUGGACGAUCAACUCUACCGAUAGUGGACAGACGGCAAGUGUUAAUGUUCUAUUUGGGCUGGGGUUGGGAGAUGAUGGGAGUACUCUGGAUGAGAUGGAUGUGGAAGGCGGGUUGAUCGUGCAGAUGAGUGCUUCAGAGGAUGCCCCAAUGAAUUCCAUAUCACCAGCAUUACCUUUCCUGGGUGACACCACUUCAACUCAAGCAUUGAUCUUCUCCCCGUUACUGUACACUUCCGAGUCUAUCGAACCUACCUAUCCAAAUUAUACUCUACCACCCGCUCAACUCCCUUUCAAUCCAUUUCCCUCAGAUGGUCUAUCUUCAUCAUCGUUGAUAUCGGGAAAUACAAGUUUAUCCAAUAACCUAACCUUGUAUAUCGUACCUACCGAUGCGAACUCGUCGCCUACCGCAAACGGACUUGAAUAUUCAACAUGUGCAAUCACCCUAGCCGUCAACUCCACUGGGUCAUUAGCUGAGAAGGUGAUAUUGAGAACGGAGAGUGAUACGCCUGAAUGGUCAAAUGUAGAUGGUCAACAGGGUUAUAGACAUCAUUGGGCUAUCGGUGAUUUGUCGGCUGGUACGAAUUAUACAAGUUGGAUAAGGGAUGAUCAAGGUGUUUGGACGGGUCCUAUAUGGUUUACCACCAAGUCGGAUGCAUUCCCCUGUCAACUGCUUUUACCCACUUCCUUCUGUCCUUCUAUAUCAUACUCUGCUCCACUACCUAUCAACUCGACUUCAGCUACUACAUCAUCUGGGGAUCUUAUUUCAGAUACUUCACCUAUUCAAAGUCUUCCAGACGAGCUGAUCAAAGUGCUUUCGGACAAUCUCGAUGGAUUUUCGAAUUCUCUAUCAUCUCAAGCAUGUGGACGAGAUUUGUAUUCUCACGUAUCAACAUGUUCGGACUGUUUUAGCUCUUAUGGAGAUUGGUUGUGUCGUUUGAUCAUCCCUCAAUGUUCUGAUCCCACUAUCAUAUCUGAAGAUGAUGGCUCUGUUUUACAGACGGUCCAUCGAUCAUCGAAUAAUACUCGGAAUGGCAUUUCAUUCCCUUACGAAUAUGAUGAGCUGUUACCUUGUUUAUCGAUCUGUAAUGAGGUGGAUAGGAAAUGUCCCGUGAAUAUGGGUUUUAGAUGUCCGAAAAGAAAUCAGAAUGCCAAUGAGAGUUAUGCGUUCAUAGGACAAGAUACCGAUGAAGGUGAUGGAAGUGAAGAAGGGGGAAUGAGGAGUUAUGAUAAGUAUGGUGGGAGGUGGUGUAAUGGGUAA